AGCCAGACCUGUGUGUCACUUUGAUAUUUUGGCUCUUAUAUUAAGUGUGUUCCUAUAUAUAUGUAUGUAUGUAUGUAUGUAUGUAUAAAUUGCUUUGCUUCUUCCAAAUAAAAAUAAAUAAAUAAACAAACAAAAUGGACGAUUUUACCCUUCCUACCAUCCUCCUGUCUCUGCUGCUCUUGUUAACCACCUUCCUCUAUCUCCACCGCAGGUCUUUCCCCCAAAAAUGGAGCAUCAACUUUCCGGUAAGUCUAAACUCACCGUCACAGUCCGUCACCCCACCCUCACCUUGGCCAAGACUCCCCAUAAUCGGUCACCUUCACCUCCUCACAGACAUGCCCCACCACUCCUUCGCCCAGCUCGCUCACCAACUCGGUCCCAUACUCCACCUGCAACUCGGCCAAGUUCCCACCAUCAUCGUCUCCUCCGCUCAACUCGCUCGACUCGUUCUCAAAACUCACGAUCACAUCUUCGCCAAUCGUCCACAACUCAUCGGCGCUCAGUGGCUCAGCUUCGGCUGCUCCGACGUUACCUUCUCCCCUUACGGUCCUUACUGGCGCCAAGCCCGCAAAAUCUGCGUCACCGAGUUGCUGAGCUCGAAGCGAGUCAGCUCAUUUAAGUUUGUCCGGUACGAAGAGGUGAACCGGAUGUUAAGCGUCGUGUCAACUCAGUCGGGGUUAGAAACCAAUAUGAGCAAGAUGUUUUUCUCGCUGUCGAACGAUAUACUUUGCCGUGUUGCAUUUGGGAGGAGGUUCAAGGAAGAGGGAGAAAAGGGUGAGUUGGUGGAUGUACUGACGGAGACUCAAGAGUUGCUUGCUGGGUUUUCCGUGGGGGAUUUUUUUCCGGGGUGGGGGUGGGUUAACUCAGUGACUGGUUUUAAACGAAGGUUGAAGAAGAACUUACAGGAUCUGAGAAGAGUUUGUGAUGAGAUUAUAGAGGAGCAUUUGGGUCGAAGAGACAGAAGGUGUGUCAGUGAAAGAGAAGAUUUGGUGGACGUUUUGCUUCGUGUGCAACAACGAGAAGAUCUGGACGUGGCCAUUACUGACGAUAACCUUAAAGCACUUGUUCUGGACAUGUUCGUUGCUGGAACUGAUACAACGGCAGCAACACUGGAAUGGGUGAUGACGGAGCUAAUAAGACACCCAAAAGUGAUGAAGAGAGCACAAGAAGAUGUCCGGCAAGGUGCCUCCGGCAAUGGCGAGGUUGAUCAAACUCAUCAUCACCACUUUAAUUACUUGAAAGCAGUAAUUAAAGAGGCCAUACGACUGCACCCACCAGUUCCUCUGCUUGUCCCUAGGGAAUCCAUGGACAAGUGCGAGCUUCAAGGCUAUGAAAUACCUGCUAAGACUCGGGUCCUGAUCAAUGCCUACGCAAUUGGUAGGGAUCCAAACUCAUGGGAGGAUCCUCUAGAGUUCAAUCCCGAUAGAUUCUCUGGCAUUGACACUGAUGUCAAGGAUCAAGACUUCAGGUUUCUACCAUUUGGUGGAGGAAGGCGAGGUUGCCCAGGCUUUACCUUUGGGUUGGCCACAGUAGAGAUUGCACUUGCUAGGCUCCUCUAUCACUUUGACUGGGACUUGCCUCAAGGAAUGGAUGCUGAUGAUGUAGAUCUCACUGAGCUUUUUGGACUUUCUACAAGGAAAAGAAUUUCUCUAGUACUAGUCCCAACAGCUCACCACCAGUAUCAAUUUAACAAGGCUAAUGCCUAGUCUUGAGCUCUUAUAUAUGUGAUCAGAUCUAG